UUUAUUAUUCUGGAAGUGUCAAGACAAUUCGUAUUGUUUUUGUAUUACUACUGUAUAGGUAUUUGAUUGCGCUUUACAAAUUACAUCUCUGAGAGUUAAUAAUAACGAAAAAAGAAGAGAGAAAACUGAUAAAAGAUGGAUAUCUAUGGAUACCCUCCGUAUCAAUAUAAUCAACCAGAUGAACUGGCCAAACAAAUGUUUGCUCAGCAAGCUCUUGCCUCAUCAGCUGGAUAUAACCGUGAGACUCCUGGACCACAUCUCAUGCCUGUGCCUACUGGAGCUCCGUGGAAUGUUCAAAGUCUACCCUGGAGUUUGCACUCUCCUCCGAAUCUAGUACAAUUUACAGCGCAGACCCCUGAAGAUGCGAAAAUCGCACCAGUGGUACACUGUAAAAGAAAGAGCUUAGAUGUUGAACCAGUAAUUCCAACAAAGCAAUUUAUAACGGAGGAAAAAAUGGCUGCACAUUUAAGUGGUCUCCAUAUAUCAUCCAAUUACACACAACAUUCACUGGCCUCUGAAGAUGUAAUGGAAUUGAGUGUGGAGCCAAAUGUAAUAAACAUUAGUGAGAAAUUGAAAGGUCAUACAAUAGUAUUGUCAGAAGAUUUAAAAAAAAUACAAGAAGAACCCAUUAUACCCACCUCACUUAUUGAAAGAUUACAAAAGCCUCAAAUGUCCUUAGUGGUAUGGAAACCUAGAGAUAAUAUCCUAAAUAACAUCAAAGAAGAGAAAGAAACAUCUGAUGAAGAUACGCCAAAAAAAAGAAAUGGUGUUCUUGUUGCGGAACAUUCGAGAAUAGACAUGGAAAUGUAACUUUUCCUAUGACGUAUUGUACAACUGCAUCAUUAAGAUUGUAAAGGUGAUGGGAAUGGUAUUUUCAUGAGUAUGAAUACAAUCAAAAAGCUCUAUCUAGCUUGUAAUUUAAAUAUAUAAAGUAGAACCUCGUUAAGUUGAGAAGUGAGACUCGAAAUAAAUCGAAUUAUUAAGAUUCAACUUAGAAAGAUUUAUUGUAAAUUUUCUAGUAGCAGAUUUUUUUUAUUCUAUCCUAUAUGAUGUUGAGAUACAGACGGUGACAUGAAUAAAAAAUGAUAAUUUCUCUAGACUUGGGCAUGUGGUGUCUUAUUCUAUGCACACUCAUAAAAAUAUGUCAGUAAAAUUUUCUAAAAUACUUGGUUUGUUAAAUGUUUCUUUGAGCUGUGUAGAUAUAGCAAAUAGAUCAAUAAUAUUGCUCGAGAUAUAGUGGUUCCUUUUUUUUCGAGUUAUAUUGUACAUUUGUAUUAAAAUACCUUAUAGAAAAACACCGAUUAUUUUGACUUGAGGGCUCAAAUUUUGAACGAUGUAGGCUUGAAGGGCUUUAAAGUUGUGAAUGUUUUCGACGUAUUAAACUUAGCUAGGUUCUAAUGUAAUUUUUUUUUAUGUGAGAAGUAAGGGGGCAAACGAGCAGGAGGCUCACCUGAUGGAAAGUGACUCCCUCUGCCCAUGGACAACUGCAACACCCGAGAGCUUGUAGGUGCGUUGCCGGCCUUUAACAAAUGAGUACGCUCUUCUCUUGAAGAUUUCUAUGUCAUAUCGCUUUGGAAAAGUCGCCGGUGAAAGCUGGUUCCACCGAGUGGUUGUGCAAGUAAUAUUAUAUACCCAAAAUUUAUACCUGUUGUCUUUACAAUCUUUUAAUAUAUUUACAGAGACACCGCUGUAUAACUAUUUUCUUUUUAUAGAAAGAGAAUUUGUAUAGAUGUCGACGUAGAAUUUGACAUUUCUUUCUCUUUUUUUGUAUCUGUCACUUUUAUCAACUGACUCGUUUCGUGUGCUUUAUGUAUAUUUUUAUGGAAAACAUUAUUUUGUAUUCAUAGCACAAGAAGAUGAAAACAGCAUUAUUGUAACUGUUUUCUUGAUAUAACUCAUAAGUAAAUAAGAAUCAUGUUUUAUGUAAUUAACAAGAUUGUCGCUGUAAACAUUUUAACGGAUACUAUUAUGCUAUCGAAAUAAUAAUAGAAUUAUAAAAAAGACGAUUUUUUUUACUAUCAAGUGAUUUGUUUUUCCGGCUUGUCUACUAUCGUUUCUAUUUUUAUCUCGGCAGCGAAAUAGGUCUACGGUUUUUAUUCAAUAUUUUGUUUUAAUUUUUCUAUAAAUAAGAUUUUAAUAUAAAUUAAUUUUAAGCUCUGUAAUGUUUUUAUCUUGUUAAUAUUACAUUUUAUAUUGUAUUCAUUAGGUAUGUAGAAGUGUUCUAA